UCCCACAAAUUCAUCUUUUCUCAGUCUUCCUCUAUGGGUAAUUCCAAAAUGGCCGUGACUCUUACAAUUAGGAAAAGCCUUCUAGCCAUCACUUUGGCUGGAAUUCUAGCCGGGCUGAUGCCGGAAUCUGUCAUGGGCCAGAAUUGUGGCUGUGCAUCAAAUCUUUGCUGUAGCAAGUAUGGGUAUUGUGGAACUGGCGAUACUUACUGCGGCACUGGAUGUCAAUCAGGUCCUUGCUAUGCGAGUGCAACACCGCCAUCGUCGUCUUCGUCUUCGUCAUCGGUGGCUGAUAUAGUUACACAAUCAUUCUUCGAUGGAAUAAUCAAUCAGGCUGCCUCGAGCUGUGCAGGCAAGAGCUUCUAUACGCGUGCUGCAUUCCUCAGUGCAACUAAUUCUUAUCCUAGCUUCGGCACAACUGGAACAACUGAUGAUAUUAAAAGAGAGAUUGCCGCAUUUUUCGCCCAUGUAACACAUGAGACUGGACACUUCUGUUACAUAGAAGAGAUAAAUGGUGCUUCUCACAAUUACUGUGAUAGUUCAAACACAGAGUAUCCGUGUGUCUCUGGCAAGCAGUACUAUGGCCGUGGACCACUCCAGCUGACAUGGAAUUAUAAUUAUGGGGCUGCAGGAAAGAGUAUUGGAUUUGAUGGGCUAAAUUCUCCUGAAACUGUGGCCAAUGAUGUUGUGAUUUCGUUCAAGACUGGAUUGUGGUUUUGGAUGAAUAAUUGCCACUCAAUCAUAACUUCUGGUCAAGGGUUUGGAGCAACGAUUAAAGCCAUCAACGGUGCAGUUGAAUGCAAUGGUGGAAACACAGCAGCUGUGCAAGCUCGUGUUCAAUAUUACAAGGACUAUUGUAACCAAUUUGGCGUGGCACCUGGUGACAACCUCACUUGUUAAGAUAGUACAUCUUCUGUAGUAGUUUAAUUUUCCAAACAGAAAAGGGCAAACAAUAAAGACUAAAGUGUUAAGUCAAAUCAAUGAUGUAAUAGUUUAAUUUCCUUUAGAGAAGAAGGAAAACAAUAAGACUAAAGUGUUAGUCAAAUCCACCGUGACAAAAUCACUUGUAUUAUUUUUAAUAUAAUAAAGACUAUUGCAUCGAAUUAAG